GUUUUGGACGCCAUUUUGUUGACAAACAGCUGGAUUUCACUCGUGCAAAGUGAGGCGUACAAAGAACGCUCAAAAUCUCACGAUAUUAGCGGGACCAUGGGAGGUUCUGCUAGCACACCGGUGCCUGGAGGAGGAACGGAAGGUUACCACGUGCUAAGAGUUCAAGAGAAUUCACCAGGACAUAAAGCUGGACUUGAAGCCUUCUUUGAUUUCAUUGUAGCAGUGGGUAAUACAAGGCUGGACAAAGACAAUGAUACACUAAAGGAAAUUCUGAAAUCUAAUAUUGAGAAACCAGUGCGGAUGUUAGUGUAUAGUAGUAAGAGUCUGCAAACAAGGGAGGUGUCGCUGACGCCCAGUAAUUCGUGGGGCGGUCAGGGACUGCUGGGUGUUAGUAUACGAUUCUGUUCUUUUGAAGGCGCUAACGAAAAUGUUUGGCAUGUUCUGGAUUGCCAAACGAACUCGCCCGCAGACUACGCUGGUCUUAGAUCUAAUACAGAUUAUAUAAUUGGUGCAGAUUCCGUAUUACACGAGUCAGAAGACCUGUUUUCUCUGAUUGAAUCACAUGAAGGAAGACCACUUAAGUUGUAUGUCUACAAUAUCGAAACUGAUGGCGUACGAGAGGUCACACUCACACCGAAUUCAAACUGGGGAGGCCAAGGAAGUCUUGGCUGUGGCAUUGGAUAUGGCUAUUUACAUAGGAUUCCUACAAGUAGAUUUGAAAUUGGAAUGGAUAUUCCCACUUCGCUACCCCCAGUACAGCCAGUUCCCUCACCACCACCCCCUGCUACAGCAGAUGGUUUCAGUGAGGUUUCUCUGUCCGGUUCUCCAACACACACAACAACAACAACGGCCGGUGUUGAAGUCGGCAUGGCAGCACUGUCUAUGAAUGCGCUCCCACCUGGGACAGUGGCACCUAAUCCCCUGACGGCCGGUGGUACGACAACGGUACCUGUUAUACCAACACACAGUGCUAAUAUUAGCAGUAGUGAAGGCAUGACCAAUGCGUCCACCAGUGCACCAGUUAUUUCUAAUGUUGCCCCAUUGCAAGUCUCUCCCCCAACUCCUGUAAGUUUACCUAAUAUACCGGGACUGCCAAAUUUAAACGUUUCCUUACCAUCGCCUGAGGCAUUACUGAAUUUUCAAACUACCAGUGUGACCGCAACCGGCAUCGACCCAACAUCAACUAUCACCCCUAUAUCAUUUCCAGCACCGCUAUCAAUGCCCCCAAUGUCAAUGCCAGCUCAGUUCAAUAUACCAUCAUCCACAUACUCAUCAACAGUUCCAGCACCUAUGCCCAUUAAUUUCUCUGGCGUAUCCACAAUUCCUGGACCAGCACCGCUACCUGUGCUGACGGCAAUGUCACCAGAAUCGGCAGCACCUAUUGACACGACACCGGUACAGGCAGUGGAACAGUCUACCUCCUCGUGAUAGACACGAACAUUUCAAUGCUUCAGUUGAUAAAAGUAGUUCCAGUCUCAAUGCACUGAUUAAUGCAACGGACAAUCACAGGCUUGUUGUGUAUUGUAAUUAAAGUGGGGGAGUCGUCACCUGCGCAUACGACAGACAGUCAUAGCGUGUCAUUGUUUACAAACAAACGUCUACCUAUGAGCCUUUGCAUUUUUAGUUUGCAUUGUUAUCGUUGCUUGGCGUGCGUGCCCAGGUGACGACCUGUUGGCUUUGAAGUGUAACUCUUGUAUAUUUAGAAUAGAAUAUAGCCAUGGUUUCCACUGUUUCAGAGUCCUUAUUUGGAUGGUUCGUGGGAUUGCACUGGACACUCAUCACAGAAAUCAAAAUAUGACACAAUAUUUACUGGUAAUUGCUUUCAAGGUUGCGCAAUAUUCUAAUGAUCACUCGACAGAAGCCCAAUAAGUUUUUUAUUCAUAACCAAUUAGAUUGUUUCAAUUUUUGGAAAUAUUUUAGAUUUCCAUUUGUUGUCUGGCAAGUUGUAAUAGCCACCAAGACUUAGGAUUGUUACAUAUUCGGCAUGUACGGAAAAAAAACCGAAACUUCUCUUAGGCGAUUAUGAUUUGCCCAAACUUAAUUUAAGAGCUAUUUACUAAUCUGGAAAAUAUAAGGGGGAGAUUGUUUGAAAUGUACACUAGCCAACAGUCUUUCAACAGUGGGAUCUGCUGCAAAAGAGUCCAGUGCACUGCUCUGAUCAGCCACAAAAAAUUUGGUUAAUUACAUCGCAAUAUCACUCAACUACAUAGUCUUACUGUAUACAACGAUAGAAGGCACUAAGUAUUCUGUAUGUUUUUUUUGAGUAACUGAAAUUCAAUUCUUUGCACUAUUUUUUGAGUUAAAAAGCCCAGUUAAUGUAAAUUUCAUUAUUUUUUCAGCUCAAAAUAGUCAACAGAUUACGCUGCUAUUAAUAAUAGCAUUAUUAUUAUUGUUCUCUUGUAAUGUUUCUUCAUCAAAUUAUGUAGUUAAUAUUCAUAAUUUCCAUAUAAUGUAUUGAUGUAUAAAAAAAUUACACACAGUAGUCUUGUGUGUAUAACCAUGUUAGCUGUGUGAAACGUUUGUUGGCCUGAUUUCAAACUUACACUGGUAUGUUGGUACAAGUUUGAAUUGUACUGCAUUUCAAGAAUGUUAGUAAAGUUGUCACCGCUGUUACAUCUAAAUAUAUGUACACUCCUAAACUUGAAUCAGAUUAAAGUCUCUGCUUUUCAGUUUUUGGUUUCACU